GUUAUAAAGCAGCUAAAUGGAGUCUGAGCAGCUGUUUCAUAGAGGCUACUAUCGAAACAGCUACAACAGUAUAACCAGUGCAAGCAGCGAUGAGGAGCUUCUAGAUGGAGCAGGUGUAAUUAUGGACUUUCAGACCUCUGAAGAUGACAAUCUCUUGGAUGGUGAUGCAUCAAUUGGAACUCAUUAUACAAUGACAAAUGGAGGAAGCAUCAACAGUUCAACACAUUUACUGGAUCUUCUGGAUGAACCAAUUCCUGGAGUAGGAACGUACGAUGACUUCCAUACCAUUGACUGGGUUCGAGAGAAGUGCAAAGACAGAGAAAGGCACAGACGGAUUAACAGCAAGAAGAAAGAAUCAGCAUGGGAGAUGACAAAAAGUUUGUAUGAUGCAUGGUCAGGAUGGCUCGUAGUCACACUUACUGGCUUGGCCUCAGGGGCGCUGGCUGGAUUAAUUGACAUUGCUGCUGACUGGAUGACGGACUUAAAGGAAGGCAUUUGCCUUAGUGCUUUGUGGUUUAACCAUGAACAAUGUUGCUGGGGUUCAAAUGAGACCACGUUUGAAGAGAGAGAUAAAUGUCCACAGUGGAAAACUUGGGCAGAACUAAUAAUUGGGCAAGCAGAAGGUCCAGGUUCAUACAUAAUGAACUACAUAAUGUACAUUUUCUGGGCUUUGAGCUUUGCCUUCUUAGCAGUUUGUCUGGUGAAGGUGUUUGCUCCAUAUGCCUGUGGCUCGGGAAUACCUGAGAUAAAAACUAUUUUGAGUGGCUUCAUCAUCAGAGGUUACCUGGGGAAGUGGACUUUGAUGAUAAAAACCAUCACUUUAGUCUUGGCUGUAGCAUCAGGUUUGAGUUUAGGAAAAGAAGGUCCCUUGGUACAUGUUGCCUGCUGCUGUGGGAAUAUUUUUUCCUACCUCUUUCCAAAGUACAGCACAAAUGAAGCUAAAAAACGAGAGGUAUUGUCAGCUGCAUCAGCAGCGGGAGUGUCUGUAGCCUUUGGUGCCCCAAUUGGUGGAGUCCUGUUCAGUCUGGAGGAGGUCAGUUACUAUUUCCCAUUGAAAACUUUAUGGAGAUCAUUUUUUGCUGCUUUAGUCGCUGCAUUUGUUUUAAGGUCCAUCAAUCCUUUUGGUAAUAGCCGCCUAGUUCUUUUUUAUGUGGAAUAUCACACUCCUUGGUACCUUUUUGAACUGCUACCUUUCAUUCUUUUGGGAGUAUUUGGUGGGCUUUGGGGAGCAUUUUUCAUCCGAGCAAACAUUGCAUGGUGUCGUCGACGCAAAUCUACAAAAUUUGGGAAGUACCCUGUCCUGGAGGUCAUCAUUGUUGCAGCAAUAACAGCUGUCAUAGCAUUUCCCAAUCCAUAUACGAGGCUAAACACUAGUGAGCUUAUUAAAGAGCUCUUCACAGACUGUGGGCCAUUAGAGUCCUCCUCCCUCUGUGACUACAGAAAUGAUAUGAAUGCAAGCAAAAUAGUAGAUGAUAUUCCUGAUCGUCCAGCAGGCACUGGAGUCUAUUCAGCUAUAUGGCAAUUGUGUUUAGCACUCAUAUUUAAAAUAAUCAUGACAGUCUUCACGUUUGGUAUUAAGGUUCCAUCUGGGUUGUUCAUACCCAGUAUGGCAAUUGGAGCAAUAGCAGGAAGGAUUGUAGGAAUUGCAGUGGAGCAGCUGGCUUACUAUCAUCACGACUGGUUCAUUUUCAAGGAGUGGUGUGAAGUUGGAGCCGACUGUAUUACGCCUGGUCUUUAUGCCAUGGUUGGUGCUGCUGCCUGCUUAGGUGGUGUGACAAGGAUGACUGUGUCCCUGGUAGUUAUUGUCUUUGAGCUAACAGGAGGGCUGGAGUAUAUUGUGCCCUUAAUGGCUGCAGUCAUGACCAGUAAGUGGGUAGGAGAUGCCUUUGGGAGGGAAGGCAUUUAUGAGGCACACAUCCGACUGAAUGGAUAUCCCUUCUUGGAUGCAAAGGAGGAAUUUACUCACACAACACUUGCUGCUGAUGUUAUGAGACCUCGAAGAAGCGACCCACCGUUAGCUGUUUUAACACAGGAUAAUAUGACAGUUGAAGACAUAGAAAACUUGAUCAACGAAACCAGCUAUAAUGGUUUUCCUGUUAUUAUGUCAAAAGAAUCGCAGAGACUAGUGGGCUUUGCUUUAAGAAGAGAUUUAACUAUUGCAAUAGAAAGUGCAAGGAAGAAGCAGGAAGGGAUUGUUGGCAGUUCCAGGGUCUGUUUUGCCCAGCAUACCCCAUCACUUCCAGCAGAAAGCCCUCGGCCUUUGAAACUGAGAAGCAUACUUGACAUGAGCCCUUUCACCGUGACAGACCACACACCUAUGGAAAUAGUGGUGGAUAUUUUCCGGAAGUUGGGUUUGAGGCAGUGCCUUGUGACACACAAUGGGAUUGUCUUGGGGAUCAUCACAAAGAAGAACAUAUUAGAGCAUCUCGAGCAACUAAAGCAGCACGUCGAACCCUUGGCGCCUCCUUGGCAUUAUAACAAAAAAAGAUAUCCUCCGUCAUAUGGCCCAGACGGCAAACCAAGACCCCGCCUCAAUAAUGUUCAACUGAAACCCAUAGCUGAGGAGAGAGAGGAAACUGAAGAGGAGGUUCAUUUGUUGAAUAGCACAACACUUUAGUCUGGGAGAUACUUCUAAAAAUCAGAAAUGAGAGCUGGGUUUUUGCGUAACGGUGCUGCUGGAAAUCAGGAGUUGGUCUGGGGGAAUAUGUGGAGAGGAGGAAGGCUGUUGGGAGCGUGGGAGCUGCUGUCCUGCACUGGAUGCGUCCUGAGAUGUCCGGUCUGCCAUGAUAGUGCAGUGCGAGAGCCGUGCGAGGUGGCACAAUUCUCCAGCCCCAGCCUGGUACUUCAGCAUCAAAGAGAUGUGUUACUAGUCCCUAUUUCUGGAGGGAUCCUUCUGAAUUGAGCCAUCUUAUGGAGACUGAAAGGUCUUGCCCUUUUUACCAUUGAAAACUGUUGUGUUAACUCAUGAAAUGUAUAAUUAUUACACGUCACCUUUCUACAUUCCAGAAGAGCUUUAUUUCUCUCUCUCCUGAGCCGUAACAAAGCCUCUUUAAAUUGGUGUGCCCUUUUGAAGUAGUUGUUUCUCAUAUUGAGAUGUACUGUGAGUUACUGAGGUUGGAUCACAAGGAGGGAGGUUUUGCUUGUGCCAUUAAAUGCGUAAGGUUGAACAUCGUGAAGUGCUUGGGGCAGUACAGAUCUACUGCGACAAAAGCAGACUGAGCAGGAAAUACCUUGCAAGAGCCACGCGAAACAUCUUUCAGCCCAUCUGCCGUGGUAAGAGAAAAAGUAAACAAAAGAAAGUAGAGUUGCAGAGAAAAAUACUGGUUUUGCUGCAGAAAAUAUCAAUAAUGUGACCUGAUCUUAUGCAAUUUUUGUAUUGUCGAAACACUAGGGUAUAUACCAAUGUUGUGCAGUAUCAGGAGAAGUACUGCUGUUCUACUAGUUAAGAGCUGGAACAAUUCUGUAUACGUGUAUCUGGAAAAAUGCAUGCUACAACACUGGAGAUAUUUCCCCUCUGUAAAGUUUGAGAUCGCUCAGUUUUCUUUUUUCUUCUGAACAAAAGACGUCCCACUGCUGACAUGGUAGGAAGAAACGUAACUCAUAACUUGCACUAAUGUAUAUUAUUUUUCUUGAGGUUUUACCAUUAUUUAUAUUUUUAUGAAUUAAAAAAAUCUAUUAAAUACAAAUCAGUUAAUGUCUCACAUAACUAAUUACCUUUUUAAUGUGAUUUUAUAUAAUAAUUCGUAAUCCUCUGCGAGUGAUGGAGGAUUAGCAAAUGUUUACAACUAGAUGAAGGGUUUAAACAAAAUUGUUUCUUUACAAUCCAACAUGCAUAUAAGAUGAUCUUCAGAUGUAACUUUCACUGCCGUUACCUUAAGACUUCCUUUUCCCUUCCUGAGCAGAUAACUGGAACAGUAAUAUUAAAAACAUUAUUUAAAAAAAUCAGGGUUUUAAAACGAAUAGGAAGCAACUAUAAUUAUUAGAUUGCUUUAGACUUCUUUUCUGAGUACACAGAGGUGUGAAUGAUACACAGCCACAGAAGAUGAGCAGCAGGGCAGAAUCGAAUCCAGUACUUGAAAGCUUGGCAGGACUUCAGAGCUGAGCAGCACCACACGCGCCAGAAGGUGAGCUGACACAUUCCUAACGUCUUUCUCCUUUCAGCCACCAGAUUAAUUUUUCUGCAGCUUUUCAAAGCGCCACAAACAAGUGUGGAAACAAAGGUAGCGUGCUGUAAGUAAAAAAGCAGUAAAAAAAGCUAAGUAAAAAAGCAGUAAAAAAGCUAAGAAAAAUGGUUGACAAAAUCUUGUUUUACAGUAUGUGGUGAAAUAAAAUUUAGUUAUUAACAAUUUCGCCCAUAAGACUGCAAAAGUUUAAAUGAUGAAACAGCUAAAAUCUUGGGCAUCUCUAAGGCUGUCAUCACAGUUACCUCAAACAUCUUUAUUCAGCCAAGUGCUCAGCACGAUCUUACCUUGAAGAGCGGUGAUGUGCUCCAAAUAGUGCUCUGGCAGGAUUGGCGAGCUCCAUAACAAUGCCAGCGCUUCAAGUGCUCCACUGAAUUGCUGUCUGUUUUCAGAAUAUAAAACUGCAGUCACCUCUUUCUCACCUCUUGCAUCAACUGGAACCAGGGGAAAGCCUGAUGUGUUGGUGGGCUGCAGUCAGCCCCUGUGCAGAAAGCAGCUUUGGAACUGAAACAGAAUCGAGCUGUUAUGGUUGCUGUGUGGCAGCAACUAGCUGUACUCUUCCAAGUGAGUCAGUGCUACCAGCUCCAAACUUGUUCUGUUACAUUGUGUGAGCUUGCAGAAACCUUAUAAGGAGCAGGGUUUGGUCUAUCCGAGGAGGACAGCUCAGGAAAUUGUCUGAGGCUGAUCUCUGCUGUUUAUUAUUAUUAUUAUUUCUGUAGUGGAAGGAUAUAAAUGCACUACAGCUUUAAAAAAAAAAAAAUUGCUUUAAACCAGUUUGAAGCCUCUGCCAUUUCUGAUGGUUUCCUCAUCCUAAUACACUGCAGUGUAUUGAUUUGCACCUGACCCCACCUACAGACCAUACUGUCUGGAAUACAGUGCAGUCCGUGCCCCUGCUGUGUUUUAUCAUUUUAGUAUGGAUCCCAAGUGCUGCAUAUAAGUGGUGCAUCUCUGGUUACUGUUCUUACCUGCUAAGCUUUCUCCACUGACAUGCAAAACGUCUCGUAAACAUGCAUUAGAAAUUCUGAUACUGAAGUAUGUGUGCCUGUGCUGUUCAACAAAAUUUUUCUAAUGUAAAGCUUCCAGCGCCUUACUCAAGUUACUGAUUUGAAAAAAAAAAUGUGGUGGAUGGGAGGAUGAAAGUGUCAGCAUUAUUAUUAUUUUUUGUUUUAAACCAUUCAGUUACUGGUUGAUGAAGAAUGCAUACUUUGUUAAUCUGUGAUGUUGCCUAGAGCUGUAUUUAAUAUUGAUUGAUCUUAAUGUUUUUAUUUAUAAUAGUGUGGUAGAGCUGCGUAUCAUUACAGUAAAAAUUCCCAUUACUGUGAUGACUUAAUCAAACAUUAAAAACUUCUAUAUGACCAUU